AUGGAAUUGAGACUUGUUUUGAUAACAAAAGAAAUUAAAUUCAAUAUUGAUAAUUUUAUUACAAUUUACCUUAGUGGUGGUAAAAAUUUAUCGAAAAAAAUCAUUAACAAUUCAGAACAAAUUAAUAUACGUUUUAUCGUCACGGAUAUCGAUUUAUUGAGCCACUAUUUGACAAUAAGUAAAACAAUAACAUCGACACAUAAAUCGUUAGACUAUCAGCCUAGUAUUACUGAUGAAGGACGUGUCGAUCUUGUGAUGGAUGAAAUUGACGACAUUUGGAUAAAUUUGUCUCAAGAUUAUUCACAUGCUUUACAGAAAAAAAAUGAGAUUAUUCUAUCUGGAAUAGGUCUGUGUAAAGAAGAUCGUUUGAAGCUUAAUAAAAAUGUACCACAUUUAGCUAUCUGUAUAAUGGUGGUUGGAAGUAGAGGUGAUGUACGACCGUUUAUUGCUCUUGGAAAAGAACUAUUAAAAGCUAAACAUCGAGUGAGACUUGUAACACAUGAAAUAUUUCGUGAAUUUGUGAAAGAAAAUGGUCUUGAAUUUUUUCCAUUAGCCGGUGAUCCAGCAGAGUUGAUGACAUUUAUGGUUAAAAAUGCUGGAUUAAUUCCAUCAAUGAGCAGUAUUCUUGAUGGUGAUAUUAAAAAAAAACGAAAACUCAUGGCUGACAUAAUGAAAUCCACAUGGAGAGCAUGUGUUCAACCUGAUGAUGAGACUGGAGCAGCGUUCACAGCUGAAGCAAUAAUUAGCAAUGCACCAACAUUUGGACACACCCAUUGUGCACAAAAACUAAGUAUUUCGUUGCAUAUUAUUUUUACAAUGCCUUGGACACCUACAGAAGCCUUUCCCCAUCCACCGUGUAAUGUAGACUAUUAA